AUGAAGGAUCAUCACCAGCACUCUCUCUUCCAGAACAGGCUCUCUUUCAGACUCCUGUGUGCCGCCUUCUGUUUUGGAUUCUCGGGUGCUGCUCGGGGCCUCGACGGGGGCCUCAUUGCUAGUACCGUCGCAGAACAAUCCUUCAUUGAUCAGUUCCACCUGCAUGCCAACUAUCUUAAUGCUUCCGAAAAAGCCAAUCGACUAUCCGACAUAACUUCAAUGGUACACAUUGGCAGUUUGCCCGGCGCUCUUGUCGCAUUUAUCUCGUGCGAGCGCAUCGGUAUGCUAUGGACUAUGCGUCAAGCUUGUCUUCUUUGGAUCACCGGAUCUAUUAUUUUCAUAACGUCACAUACACUCGGACAGGUGUAUGCUGGGAGAUUCAUCAUGGGAUUAGGUAUCGGACAGUAUGGCGUGAUCGCACCCAUAUACCUGGGAGAGGUGGCGCCACGAGAGAUUCGAGGUAUGAUUGUGGGCAUGUACGGCAUGUCAGAAUAUCUAGGUAUCAUGAUUGGGUAUUUCUCCAUUUGGGGUGCCUCCCUUCACAUCCCGUCUUCCAGCGCGAGACAGUGGAUUAUUCCACAAAGCAUUCAAAUCAUGUGGGCAGGGUUACUUCUACUCGGCUCUCUGUUCUGUGAAGAGAGUCCCCGCUUUCUGUGUAAAACGGGUCGCCCUAAAGCUGCUUUACGAUCCUUUGCAAGAUUAUGGAAUCUGUCGUUGAUGGAUCCUGGUAUUCACGUUGAGAUGGCGAACGCUCAAGCCCAAAUUGAACAAGCGGACAAGAACAAGUCUUUUCUGCACUUCCUAAGUGCUCUCAAAGAGCUGUUCACGACAAAGGACCAUUUGAGGCGGAUUGCGUACAUUUUCGCACUUCAGUGCCUAGGAGAGUGGUCAGGUCCUAAUUCUGUCACAACUUAUGCCCCUGAGCUUUUCGAGCUUUUCGGUAUCGAAGGGCGUUCGCAAAAGCUCUUUACUACAGCAAUACUAGGGGCUGUCAAGUUUGCAUCUGCGCUAAUCUCUGCUUUGUUUCUACUUGACGCAUUAGGUCGACGAAAGACCCUUUAUCUUGGUCUUAUCAUCCAGAUUCUAGCCCUUGCCUACGAUUCAAUCUUUCUCACGGUCUUUGAAUACCUGACGCCAAGCUCGCAUCAGGAGUCGGCAGUCAAGCAUGCAGCCAUCGGGGCAAUCGUCAUGAUCUACAUGACUGGACUCAGCUGGGCUCUCGGAUGGAACUCUAUUCAGUACCUCAUCCCAGCGGAAGCAUUCCCACUACGAGUGAGGAUUGUCGGAGUAAGCCUGGUCACACUGUGGCAUUACGUCAACCGAAUUGGCAUUUCGAAGGCUACUCCUAUGAUGCUCCUUGCCCACCAUUCGCUCACACCCGUAGGCACGUUCUGGUUCUUCACAGGCAUAUCCCUGCUGGGACUUCUAUUCGUCUGGUUCUUUGUCCCGGAAACCUCUGGCAAAGGACUUGAGGAGACGAACACAUUAUAUACCAGUCGUCGUCAUCUUCUGAUACCUCAUGCGAAUAUGAACGAUGAUAUGAAAUUGGGCCAAAUCGCGGAAUUGGCCCACAAUUCUAGAAGCACAAGCGACAACAGCUCCGAUCAAUUGGCCCGCCGUCGGUAGGAGGUAAUUCCGCGUAUUUCCGUGAUGCUGGCGAUCGAUCCAGAUCCGUGUUCACUCUUACCCCGCAUUCUUGUCGGAUAGUCUCGACGCCUCCGCAUUCUUCAAUAUUUCACGGAUCAUUUCCGACCCCACCAUCCCAAGAUUGGCGCCGGUGUCGUUUGAUGCCCGCUCCUAUUGGUGAUAGCACUAUCAAGCAGCAUGCAUGACUGCAGUCACGCGGCGGCUCGCCGAACAAGAUCACGGAAUUGUCUCACCCCGAAAUCUGUCCUUAAAAGGUCCUUGCAUCUUAGUAUUAGUCGAAGCUGUGAGCUCUUCCUGUCUUGAAAGCAUUUGCUCUUUGUGACUUUGAACCAGAAUGGUAGAAAAGAUGCAGGAUCGCGAUCACUACGAUUACAUUA